AUGUCGGCAGAGCCCGGGCGCUUCUUCUGCACGGCGGGCCGCGGGCUGGAGCCCUUCCUGGCGCGGGAGGUGCGGGCGCGGCUCGGCGCCACCGAGGUGGACUGCGUCUCGGGAAAAGUAUUCUUCAGGGCGGCGGCGAGGCCCGGUGAGCUGCGGCAGCUGCGUUCGGGGGAGCGCCUGUUCCUGCUGCUGAAGAAGCACAGCCCGCUGCCGGUGUCCGGGAACAGAGGAAAAAUGCUUCAUGAAAUUAAAAGCCUUGUCAUUGAGGACCCAAAAUACUGGCUGGAUAUUAUCUCUGUUUGGAGAAAGCUUCAUGGACACAAGAGGAAAACAGAUGAUGGCUUUCAAGAAAGCACAUUGGCUCUGAAGAGAAAGUCAGAAGAAGAGACAAAUACUGCAAGUAAAAGGCAGAAAACAGAGCAAGUGAGAGCAGUUGUGUCUGAGGAGUGUCAGGUGGGAGCUGUAGAGACCUGUGAGGCACCAGACAGAAUGAGCAGGCAGGAGUGCUGGAUUGAGAGCAGGCCUUCCUCAGAAUUCCCUUCCAGAGGCAGUGGAGAGGAUCCUGCUGCUAAUGAGGAGCUUAGCUUCAGCUUCAGAGUGUCUUGUCGUUGCAGUGGAGCAAUUGCCAGAAUACUGACUUCACAGGAGGUCGGAAGAGCCAUUGGCACGGCGCUGGUGAAGCAGUGCGGGUGGCGUGCUGAUCUGCGGGACCCUGACCUGGAGAUCUUUGUACAUCUUAAUGACAUUCACUCUGUGGUGGGGAUUCCUCUUUUCAGACUGCCAUUGGCAAACAGAGAGUAUAUCAGAACAGCAGGACUGCGGUCAACAGUGGCAUGGGCCAUGGCAUCUCUGGCUGAAAUCAGGGCUGGUGCCCUUGUGCUGGAUCCCAUGUGUGGGCUUGGAACAAUCCUGCUGGAGGCUGCCAAGGAGUGGCCUGAAGCCUAUUACUGGGGUGCUGAUAUAAGUGACUCGCAGUUAGAGGGUGCAGAUGGCAAUAUCAGAACUGCAGGCUUCAUGGACAAGAUUGAGCUGCUGAAAGCUUCUGUGAAAGCACUGCCAUUGCCUUCAGAAAGCUUUGACAGCGUUAUUUCGGAUAUUCCAUUUGGGAAGAAGUUCAAGACCACGAGUGAUGCCCAGCUCCUGCCAGAUAUUCUCCAGGAAAUGGAGAGAGUGCUUCGUGUUGGAGGGACCCUGGUGUUGCUGCUGAGCCAGGAGCUCCACAGACGCGUGGAUGGUUUGACCAGGUGUGCGGGAGGUGACCCUGCUGAGACCUCUGCUGAUGGUGACAGUGGAGCAGCCCCUGCACAAGCCAUGGAUGGUUUGACCAGGUGUGCUGAAGGUGCCUCUGCUGAUGGUGACAGUGGAGCAGCCCCUGCACAAGCCAUGGAUGGUUUGACCAGGUGUGCUGAAGGUGCCUCUGCUGAUGGUGACAGUGGAGCAGCCCCGAGCGUGGAUGGGAAUUCGUCCUCCUUGGCACAGGGAGGUGGAGAACCCAUUAUCAGCAGACAUUUUGGGUCUCUGCUGCCAGAGGGUGUUUAUGCCAUUAGCCUGGGCAAGACUGAUGCUUUCAUACACAAAUACAGGAAGGUGUCUCCUGCUGGGAGCAGCAGAACUGGGACUGGGAGCUGUCCCAGUACUGGGACACUCCCUGGAACUGGGAGCUUUGAGCUGAAGGAACUUGAAUCCCAAGAGGCUUCAGGAGCAGCAGGGCAGGACUCAGAGGAGCUCUGCUGAUGCAGACAAACCCACUGCCAUCCCUUAGACUGCCUCACAUUCUGUGGAUGUCCCAAGGCACUGUGCUGUUCUCUUCUUGGUUUUUAGGAGAGGUGGAAGAUGCCAGUUCUACUGUAUUGGAUACAGUGAAAGAGGAUAUGGUCUAUAGUAAUGUGGCAGAGUCCUCAAAUCCUUGUUUAGGCAAAGCUGCGCGGUACUGGGAGGAGUUUCUGUGGGAGAGAAAGUCUGUAUUUGCAGAACUGGAAACCACAUGUGGUAGCCCGUGAUAUUCGGGCUACUCACUCUAGCUAUUAAUUUUAAAGUAAUAUUUACAGCUUUGUCUCUUCUAACUAUUCUUAGUGUUCAGGUUGUUCUUAGGUGGAGGAUAGGCGAGCACCCUGAUGAGGUGCUGAGCAGGAAGGGAGGACAGAAGGAGAAGAAGCAGCACUGACAACUGGAGUUGCAGCCAGCCCUGGGCCCUGACUCUGUUUUGUGUGUCCUGCGUCCUCCCUGCCCUGCCAUUCCCCAUCUCCCUGCACUUUUGUGACCUAUUUUUUUCUUCCCUGUGCCUCUUCUUUUCUCUUGAUUCUUCUGUCCUAUGAAAACAGGGCUUUUAGAACUGUAUCAGCAUUAAAGAAAGGGCCCGAGGCAGUACUGAAAUCACUCUCCUUUGGGUUUUAGCAUCCUUUGUACAAAGGCUGAGAUAGCAUAAAACCAAAAAUCGUUGCACUUUUUCUGUGAGAACUAAACAUAAAGACUUCUCAAGCAAUAUCAAUCUUCAGGAACACUGGAGGUCUUUUGGGAAGGGAAAAUUAGGAUAAAAUACUUAAUACAUUUCUGUAUGCUUCUGUGUCAAGCUUUUGACUGAAGAUCGCCUUAAAGAGCAGAGUUGGGUUUAAUAAUGUUAUUUUGUUGACUUCAACACAGUUUCUCUCAAUUGUUUUUACUGAGAAAGUAUAAAAUUGGACUAUAUUUGCAUUUUCAAACACACUUUCCUGUCCUAAAAUAUCUUGUAGUUGUUAAUGUAUAUUUUUGCAGCUGUACAGUCUAUGAUAAAGACUUUCUUUUGAAACUCAGCGGCAUUUUAGACUAAAGCAAACUUUGUUAUGUCAGGGUAGGGUUUGGGGGGGUCGUUUGUGGUUUUGGUUUUGUUUCAUUUGGCUUGGUUUUAUUUACACUGAGCCUAUCGGACAAUAAUGUGUAAUUGUAGUUAGAAAUUGUUACUUUUUUAAGAACAAUUACUUUCAACUCUGGUUAACUAUAUUUAUCUAGUGUGGUUCAGUAUUCUUCAACCAUUGUGUUUACAGAAACAUUUAGAAAUGUCUUGGUGAGAAUUUUUGCUGUGGUAUUUUAGCAGAAAGCAGUUUAGGCCAACUGUGAGACUUUGUUACCUUGCCCGUGAGACAUGGAAAGAUGGUUUUCUGUUGUCCUGACAAGUUCUUUUUGUGUAUAGUAGUGCCUUUUCCUAUGUCCUAGGGCUACUUUUGGUCCCUUUUUGGUUGGGUUGGUUUUUUUUUUGUUUUGUUUUGUUUUGUUUUUGUUUUUGUUUUUUUUGG